CAGAAAUGGCUGCAGUGUCAGAUUCGUAUAUACGCUUCCACAAUAUCCAUGGAACCAACGUGAGACUGGAUGCUUCUCAGACCGAAGCGACAAGAACAGACAGCUUUGGGAAUGGGGUUUGUUUCAGUAAAGAGCCUCUAGAUCCUGAUAAGAUUUUCCUGAUAGAAAUUGCAGAGAAAGAAUUAGGGUGGUGUGGGAAUGUAAGGAUUGGUUUGACAGCGCACAAUCCAAAAAACUUAGAAUCAGUUCCUGAAUAUUCUCUUCCCGAUUUAGUAAACAUGGGAAGCAGUUGGGUUUUUGCAAUAACCAGGAAUCACAAUAAGGUCUCCACUGAUGAUCAGGAAUCCAAUCCUGCUCCACAGCCACUCUGUUCUACAGAGGCCUAUCUGCAAAUUGGAAAAUGUAGGAUCCCCAAGGACAAGUUGGUCGGAAGAAGCAGGCCAGGAAGGUACAGUCACCUCUUGGAUGAAUUGUAUAAGACGAAUAUUCUUCCUGCAACUGCCAGAGGAAGCAGAGUUGGGGUCUUGUACACCACGCACGCUAAUAUGGGUGAAAUGCACAUUGUCAUCAAUGGGGAAGACAUGGGUCCCUGUGCCAGAGGAAUUCCCAUUAACCAGCCUCUCUACGCUGUUGUAGAUGUGUUUGCUUCCACUAAGACUGUGAGGAUUAUACAAGUGGACUAUGGUUUUCCAUCUCUACAGACACUGUGUCGUCAGCUUGUUCAGAAAUGUAUAAUGCAUAGACUGGCGAUCGAUUGGCUAGAUCUACCUGACCCUUUAAAGAAUUACUGCAAAUAUGAAUGAUUGUUGUUGAUAAGUGUUGUUUGAAAAAAUUGUUUGAUCUUGAUUCAUGAUGAAGAGAGUAAAUCCAUUUUAUAUUUGCAUCCAUGUUAGGAAAAUCUCUAAUUUUAUGAUUCAACGCAAUAGUAAAGCUUAUACCUUGGGAUUAAAGGUUUUUGAGAAAAAUAAAAUAUUGCAAUUGGUUUGGGGAGAAUAGACUUUGGGGGAAUUACAAUUCCAAAGUAAAGUUCUGUUGUGUUGCUGGGGAUGGUGGUAAAAAUAUAUUUACACCUAUGAUUUUUAUGGCUACUUUGGCUUCUUGACUCUUGGAAAAUGUUUUGAAGUUGUAAUGUUAUCCAGUGGGGUAUUGUCAUGUAGAUGCCACAGUAGAUCACCCACAUAAAAGGAGCAGAAAGUAACUUGUAAACAUGGGUUUUCUUUCUGAAAUCAGUAAAUCCAUUAUGAGCGGUAUUAUUUCAAUAAAGAUAAAUUAUUCAUGUGGGUAUCAUAAUCAGAAGGUUAUUUUAAAAAUAAAAAAACAUUGGUUUUAAAUCUCCAUCUAGGAUAGUGGCCCACCUGUGAUAUUGCCAGCAAAGUACCCUUUCAGGUGGGUUUUAUCCAUGUUUUUCAUUUGAAACAAAGAGUCAUCUUGGAAUGCUGUGAACAGGCAAAUUUGUAUCUGCCCUGAGCCAGAACAAGGGGCACAGUAGUUGUUAGGAAUCAGAGAUGUUCCUGGGCUGGAGUAAUGAAGCAGAAUUCUGAGGGUGACCCACAUUUGAAAGUACUUGACAAAUUAAAUUGUUGAAGCUGUUGAGCAAGGCCAGUGAAGAGAUGUGCCAGUAGAAGAGAGAUUGACAGUCACAGUCACAGACAGAGGGAGGGAGAGAGUUCAGAAAAUCUAACUGCCAGACUGGAAAAGUGGAGAUUCAAAAUCAGUUCCUAACAGCUGUGACAUACAUUGGUUGGGACUCAUGAAAAGUAAAGGAACCCACAAAAUGUUACAGAAUUUUGAGGAAUUCUGAGGUAGAAAUAAAAUAAACCAGGACGUAGUCUGUUGAGAUUAUCAGGCUUAAAAUAAUUGCAAAAUAUAUUGCUAAAGUAGUAGUUCUUGCUUUUCAGAUUUUUGCACAGUAAAAGCUUUUAUUUAAGACAUUA